GUCGGACCUUUAAGAGCGGUGCACAGUCAAUAGCGAUCGCCAGACGUUUUUAUCUGAAAAUGUCUAGUUAUAUUUUGUUGUAGAACUCUUUGAAAUAAAACCGUUUAAUUUAUACUUAUCGAAUAAUGGUGAGGAGUAGGAGCCGAACACCACCACGACGAGAGAGACGGCGUUCACGCUCGUCCUCUCGAGAUCGCGAGCGCAGGCGCAGGGAGCGCGAGAGGUCUCGAUCGCGCGAUAGAGACAGACGGAGGUCACGCUCGCGCUCCCCCCACAGACGCAGGUCCAGAUCUCCACGGCGACACCGCUCCUCCUCCUUAUCGCCAUUGCGGCAGAAGGAUGACAGGAAGGACUCUAAGGAGAAGCAUGCCAAGGUCCAUCAGAUAUCAGCUGAGGAUAUGGAAGGGAAAACAGAGGAAGAAAUAGAGAUGAUGAAAACGAUGGGGUUUGGAUCCUUUGACACAUCAAAGGGAAAGAGGAAAGAAGGUUCAAUCGGUGCGUUUGCAGUUAAUGUGUCUCAAAAGAGAAAAUACAGGCAAUACAUGAACAGGAAAGGUGGUUUCAACAGACCUUUGGAUUUCAUUGCUUGAUCACGAGAAGUGAGGAACCAAGCUUUAAACAACUUUGACUUUUGCGACGAAGCAUAUAUUGCUUUCCCCUCACAGUUUAUUUAAAUAUGUGUUCCAACAGUUUUCCUCUGUUUAUUUUUUUCAUUUAAUGGCUGUUUUUAUGUAAGUGUUGAUUAAGUUUGCAGCUAAUAAACCUGAAUCUCAUUUUAUGAAAACUUUGCAGUACUAAAUAAAUUCAUAACAGUU